AUGGCGAAACCUCGGAAGGGAAAGAGCGAAGACCAGAAGGGCGAAAAUUCAGAAGCAGUAGUUCGGCAUCAGAAGCUAUGCCUAUCAAUCGACAUGAACAAGCGUCGAAUCUACGGUUACACGGAGCUUGAAGUAGUUGUACCUGAUAAUGGAAUUGUUGGAUUGCAUGCGGAUAAUUUGGCCAUUGAGAGUGUUACAGUUGAUGGAGAGCCAGCAGAGUUUGAAGUCUUCCCACAUUAUUUGCAUUUGGAUAAUGGUGAUAGAUGGUGCUCAGUUUCAUCAGCCAGUUCAGCUGCUGAUGCAGCGGGUUCAGUUUAUCUAUCAUCUCUGCAAAGAGAAUUGGUUCCAAAUUUGCUGAUCAUGUGUACCAAAUCUGUCAAAUCAGACAGCGAACAGCAAGGACAAGCCCUCUUGGAAAAUGGAGUGCAAUCAUCAAGUGAACCCAAGCAGAAUGUGAAAUUGGUUCGUAUUGACUAUUGGGUAGAGAAGGCAGAAACUGGAAUUCAUUUUGAGGAUAAUGUUCUGCACACUAAUAACCAGAUAAGGCGGGCACGGUGUUGGUUCCCUUGUAUGGAUGACUGUUCGCAGUGUUGCCGUUAUGAUCUGGAAUUUACAGUUGCCAAUGAUCUUGUAGCAGUUAGCACUGGUACCUUACUUUAUCAGCAUUCGUGCAGCAAGCAGCAGGUAGCAGUGACUCAAACCCCUCCAUCCUUUGCAUUGAUUGACGCUGAUAGAGCCUUCGAUCGCGAUGAUGCGUCUCUUCAGAUCUUAACCAAGGAUGAUCCUCCAUGUAAAACAUAUGUCUAUAGAUUAGAUGUUCCAGUCACUGCCCAGUGGAUCUCCGUGGCGGUUGCACCAUUUGACAUCCUUCCCGAUCAUCAUACUGGUCUUAUAUCACAUAUGUGUCUACCAACCAACUUGUCAAAGCUUCGGAACACAGUUGGAUUUUUCCACAGUGUUUUCAGCCAUUAUGAAGAAUACCUUUCUGCAUCAUUUCCAUUUGGGUCAUACACACAAGUUUUUAUUGCUCCUGAGAUGGCGAUAUCCACAUUAAGCUUGGGAGCCUCCAUUAGUGUCUUUAGUUCGCAAGUCCUUUUUGAUGAGAAGGUUAUUGAUCAGUUCUCAUUGAUGAUGGGAGAGAAGAGACUGAGUUUGAGAGCGACAUGGAACGAGGAGAUUGUUGCUACCCGUGAUAGUUUGAGAGUAACUGAGGACAAGGAAGGCAAUGAGCCAAACAAAGAAAUACUUUAUGCAAAACUUACAGAAGUUUGUAGAGAAACAACAGAUGUAAAAUCUGUGUACUGGAGUCCUCCCAUCCCUAUGGAGACCAUAGAGACGAGGAUUAAACUUGCUUAUGCCCUUGCAAGGCAGUGGUUUGGAGUAUAUAUCACUGCAGAGGCACCAACUGAUGAGUGGCUUUUGGACGGUCUUGCUUGGUUUCUAACUGAUUCCUUUAUUAAGCGAUUUUUGGGAAAUAAUGAAGCACGCUAUAGGAGAUACAAGGCAAAUUGUGCAGUUUGCAAAGCAGAUGACAGUGGUGCAACUGCUCUAAGCUCCUCUGCUUCUUCUAGGGAUUUAUAUGGAACCCAGUGUAUUGGUCUAUAUGGAAAAAUACGAUCAUGGAAGUCUGUGGCAAUACUUCAAAUGCUAGAGAAGCAGAUGGGGCCUGAGUCCUUCCGGAAAGGCAUGGCUAUUGCAAUGGAUGAGUCCAUGCUUCUGCAUGUUGCCAAAGGCGUCCAAAACCCUUUGCACAUGGGACAAGGCUUUGGAGAUGGACUGGUUGAAUACCCCUUUAUAUUGAGAGAUGAGGUCUUCUUUGCAUGUGAAGUGAGAUGUCCUCUCUCUUCACGGGAUUCAAAUUCUCUGAUCAUGCCCUUCAUUGAUGACCUAGCAGAUAUUGAUGGGGGAUUUUGUUUGCUGUUCUCUUUGGGGGAACUUGUGGUGUUGUAUUGAUCACUGAUGGGAGGGAAACUUAUUUGGAAACGAUGCAUAUGGUUUUGAACAGGGAGAGUAUUGGUGCUUAGUUAUAGGUUGGAGAAGGAAUUAUUUUUUAAUCAAAUUGAAGGCAAAAUGUACUGAGGGA